AUGGGUGCACCGGCCGGGCUGCUCGCUGAGUGCCAGAAGCUGCUCGAGGCGUCGCCGUUCGAGUACAAUCAGAGCUUGGCCCCGCACGUGCCAGCCGUGUGGCGCGGCCUCGGCACGUACAUUGCGCGCCAGCUGCAGCAGCACCGCGCGAUCUUCCUCCCGGCCUUUGGCAAGUUUACCUUUCUCAAGGGCAAGGACGACGCGCCCGCGUUCCUCUUCUCGGACAAGUUUCUAAAGGCGCACCCACGCAUCGUAACGAAGCGGCCGCUGCCGGCACUGACCGUCCACGGCGCCGACGCCAACUACUCGACGAUUGCCGCCGAGGCCAGCGUCAUGAAGGACCAGGCGCAGUCGAUCGUCGAGAGCCUCUUUCAGUUGCUUGGCGACGUGACCGAGUCGGGCACGCGCUCGAUGCGCAUUGCGCUUGGAUCUCUCGGGCACAUCACCGUGGACGGCCGGAGUUUGCACGUUCGCUUCGACCCUGGAUUUGUCUUGCAGGUCGGCGCGUCACCCGCCGUGCAACCGCCACCGAUCGCGACGCGCACCGUGCUUGAGACGCUCGAGCACAUGGCCGGCAUUCCCAAGCCGACGCCGACACCUGUCCGCGACGUGUCACCAAUGUUCACCAUUCACACGGCCACGCCAAAGCUCCGGGACGAAGAGCCGACGAUCACGGUAAGCACGAAGACGAAGCCCAAGCGACGCAUGAAGCAGCCGUCGCAGCUCGUCAAGUGCGCGUCCGAGUCGCUCGUCGGCUUUGCACUGCAUCCGGAAGCCCCGAGCAUUCUGCCUCGUUUCCUCAUUCCCGACUACCCGCGGGCGAGCCCGGUGACGUCGGCGGUCCAGCAGCUCAUUGUCGAGCAAGCGUACAAGCGCUUGGACGAAGAGACGGCGGCGAGCAUGGACCGCAAGCUCGCGCUGGACUGCGACUACGACGCGCGGUUCCGCAACACCGAGUACUGCACGCUCAAACAACGCGCCGAGAAGGCGCUGUCACAGCGGGAGACGUCGGCGACCUUGAUGCUGCAGACACUCGAGAAGCAGCGGGCGACGCUGCCAUUGCCUGAGCCGCACGUCCCACUGACCGUCUUGCCAACAGCCAAGGUGCGCACGAAAGCGGAGGAGAAGGCUCGAAAAGCCGUGCUACGACAGCAGCUCGACGACCAAGUCGCGAUGCAGGCCCGCCGCGACGAAAUGCAGACGCGCGUUCAGCGGGACGAAGAGCGUUUCUUCCUCGAGAACGUCCACCGACAAGACAAGCGGGAGCGACACGAAGCCGCAGUGCAACGCCAGCUCGACAAGGACCUGCUGCUCAAGGAGUGGAGUCGCCAGGUGCAAAAAAAGUAGAUGACAAGCCAACUAAGUUCCGAGUCC